AUGGUCGUAUGUGCGGCUGAUAAAGCACCCGUAACGGUACUGUUGGGUGCACAAUGGGGAGAUGAGGGCAAGGGCAAAAUCAUUGAUUAUCUCAUCGCGAAAGACAAGGUUCAAGUGACAGCUAGAUGCCAAGGAGGCAACAAUGCCGGCCAUACGGUAGUGGCCAACGGUCGCAAAUACGAUUUUCAUCUUCUUCCGUCGGGUAUAAUCUCUGAAAACUGCUUCAAUAUAGUAGGUAAUGGCGUCGUAGUGAAUUUGGAUUCGUUCUUCUCCGAGCUGGAACAUAACAAAAUUUUGGAGUUGCCCGGGUGGGAGAAACGAAUUAUGAUCAGUGAACAUGCGCACAUUGUGUUCGGUGUACACGCUCAGGUGGACGGUAGGCAGGAAGAUGCGCGAGAGAAUAAAAUUGGUACGACAAAUCGUGGAAUAGGUCCGACGUAUUCGAGUAAAUGUUUCCGAAAUGGUAUUCGAAUCGGUGAUCUCUUGGGAGAUUUCGAGAAAUUUGCUUCGAAAUAUCGCCAGUUGGUGGAAUAUUAUCGCAAACAAUUUCCAUCGAUCAACAUUGAUAUGGAUACUGAGUUGGGUGCAUUCAAGGUGGAUAAUUUCGAAUUUUUGUUUUCUAACUGA